AUGUUCACAGGUCUUAUUGAAACUAUCGGAACAGUGGCUGAGUAUGUUGAGCAAGAUAGCUCCUCCACAGGUGGCAAUGGUGUUUCGAUUACCAUCACUGAUUGUUCACCCAUAUUGGAAGAUGUUCAUCUUGGCGAUUCCAUCUCCACUAACGGGGUUUGCUUAACAGUCACAGACUUCGAUGCCUCCAAGACCCAUUUCAAAGUAGGUGUAGCUCCUGAAACUUUGCGCAAGACCAAUAUGGGCUCCUUAAGUAAAGGCUCAAAGGUGAAUCUAGAAAGAGCCGUGACGAGUGAUGUUAGAUUAGGUGGUCAUGUUGUACAAGGUCAUGUUGAUACGGUUGCCACGGUUGUUGGCAAGAAACCAGACGGGAAUGCAAUUACAUUUACAUUUGAGCUUAGAGACAAGGAGUUUAUCAAUUACAUUGUACAUAAGGGAUUUAUUGCCAUUGACGGGACUUCGUUGACUGUUACUUCCGUCAAUGACUCAAAAGCCCAAUUCUCGAUAAUGUUGAUAAGUUAUAGUCAGGAGAAAGUUAUUCUAGCAAAGAAGGAGAUUGGUGAUACUGUGAAUAUCGAAGUGGACCUAACCGGUAAGCUCAUUGAAAAGCAAGUGGAGCUUAAUUUGAAAUCACAGAUUAAUAAGGAAGACAGUGCCUUGAAUGCAUUGAUCGCAUCAAUUGUGGAGAAAAAGGUCAAGGAGUUAAUCAAGUAG